AUAUGCAAUAUGGGCGUGGCCUGGAGUUUGUAUAUAACUGCAGCUCCUGCGUGACAGGUUCAGUGUGAGCAGCUGAGAGUGUGUGUGAGUGUGUGUGAGGUUCUGCACAGUGGACUGAGCGGUGUGUGACCAUCAUGGCUUUCUAUGAAACCUACGUGUUUGAUUACGAUGGAAACGGCUCUGAAGGAUCCGGGAGUGUGGAUCCGGAGGGUUUGGAGGAGGUUUGUGAUCUCCGGAUCAGCCAGGACUUCCAAAAACAUUUCCUCCCGGCUGUUUAUGGAAUCAUCUUCAUUUUAGGAAUUGUGGGUAACGGACUGGUGGUGCUGGUGAUGGGAUUUCAGAAGAAGUCCAAGAACAUGACGGAUAAAUACAGGCUGCAUCUUUCAGUGGCUGAUCUGUUGUUCGUGCUGACGCUGCCGUUCUGGGCCGUGGACGCCGUGAGCUCGUGGUACUUUGGGAAGUUUAUGUGCGUCGCAGUGAACAUGAUCUACACCGUGAACCUGUAUAGCAGCGUCCUCAUCCUCGCCUUCAUCAGCCUGGAUCGAUAUUUAGCCGUAGUACGCGCUACGAACAGCCAGUCGAUGAGGAAGCUCCUGGCCGAGCGCGUGAUCUACGUGGGCGUCUGGCUUCCAGCGAUGAUCCUGACCGUUCCUGAUCUGGUGUUCGCUAAAGUCCAGAACACCGGCACCAGGGACAUCUGCGAUCGGAUCUACCCUCACGAAGCCAACAUGGUGUGGAAGGCAGUUUUCCGUUUCCAGCACAUCCUGGUGGGGUUCGUGCUGCCCGGUUUGGUCAUCCUGAUCUGCUACUGCAUCAUCAUCUCCAAGCUCUCGAAAGGCUCCAAGGGUAAGGCGCUGAAGAGGAAGGCGCUGAAGACCACCAUCAUCCUGGUGCUGUGCUUCUUCGUGUGCUGGCUGCCCUACUGCGUCGGGAUCCUGGUGGACACGCUGGUCAUGCUCAACCUGGUUUCUGCUGGAUGCUCCCUGGAGCGAGGUUUGCAGAAGUGGAUCCUCAUCACCGAGGCUCUCGCCUACUUCCACUGCUGCCUCAACCCCAUCCUCUACGCCUUCCUGGGGGUCCGCUUCAGCAAAUCGGCACGGAGCGCCCUGACCGUCAACAGCAGGUCCAGCCAGAAGUUCCUCACCAAGAAACGAGGACACGUGUCUUCAGUAUCCACCGAGUCCGAGUCCUCAAGCGUGCUCUCCAGUUAGCAUGGAGGAGGAACUCGUGUGGGUUUUCCAUCAGACUGUUUGGACUGAUUUUAAAACAACCUCUAAUGUUGACACUCGCGUCCACGACCAAAGGGACUUUUUUUUUUAAAGACAUUUUAAAAAAUAAUAACUACACAAAUUUGUUGUACCUAGUUGUACACAAUGUAAAUGUUUUUUAACGCUGUUUUAUUUGUUAUAUUUAUCUGCAAAAAAAUUCUUAGUAAGCUAAAACAUCUUGUAUGUCAGUGCGUAUAUUUGAUAUUUGAUAAUACUGUGACCUGUUUUUAAUGUCUGGACAUUUUACUCAUUUUUAAAUCAUCCUUAACCAUGUGUUUUGGACUUUGACAUGUGUUUAGAAACAUGUUUAUAUAAAAUUAUGCAAAUUUGUAGAAAGAGAAUGUGAGAAAGUCUUAAAAAAUGCGUUUUCUCUGUAAGAAUGAGACGCAGUGAGGUCAUUUUGUGUGAUAAGAUUAUUUCACAGAAGUACAAAUGUUUAUAAUUAAGUUUAAAAUUGCUGUAUAAUCAUUUCAUAUUUGCAAAGAUUAGCUAUAAGCUGCAUUCAAGAUGUUUUCAUGCUAAUAUGUCAUUUUUUUUGUAGUGAAAUAUGUUCAGUAAUUGUUUUUUUUUAUUUAGAUUGAGAUUCCAGACGUCUCAUCUUUGGUCAGUGAAAACGUGUCAGUUUUAUUGUGUAAAUAACGACGGAGAAAGAACGAGUGUUUUCUGUGAACGUUAAUGCUAAAUCGAUGUGUAAAUAUGUUGUACAUAGUUUAAAUCGUGUGUAUGCACUUAAUUGUUUUUAUUUAUUGCAGAAGAACAAAUCCGUAGCUCACACUGAAACAUUUAGCUUUGUGGUGUUUUUUAAGUGGCAUUUAGUUCAGAAUAAAAGGCUUGAUGUCGA